GUUUAUCGAUCCAGUGGUUUGACACCCAGCGUCAUAACUCAAUUUCUUCUUCCCUUUCAGCCGAGGGCAGAAACGGUGGACUGAUCACCAAUGUCCGUUUUCGUUCUCUGGCCCUUGACAUCAACACCGGGAGCAGAAUGUCUGAAUCCGGAAAGCCACCCAUGUAAGUCAGGGUCACACAGGUUGCGGUGUUUGUCGGCUCCCUUCAACACAAAGGUGGCGCCUUAUCACUGCCCAAUGGCUCGCUCGAAUCUGGCUGUAUCGGUCUAUCGGAAGCCCUAUACACGAUUUGCUGUCGCUGCUGAGUCUAAGUCCAUUCCUAUUCGAUCCCCCCACGGACGCUUCGCUGUGCGUCUCACGACUUAAACCAUUCACGACUUGUACAAGGCAAAGAAGGUUGCCGUCGUCGGCAGCGGCAGUGCCGGAAUCGCGGCAUUAUGGGCGCUGAACCGUAGUCCCCAUGAUGU